UUACAGUCAGGAAAGGUUUACUUGCAAAGAUGCAACUCUUCAAAUCUUCCAUCCACAGAAUAUCGACACCAAAACCAACCCAAUCAAACAGUUCCUCGGCUUCAAGAUUUAAAUUUCCCGCCAUCUCCUCCGGCAAAACCCUUAUUAAAUCUUUUUGACGACGGUACCUUGGAGCUCAAGUUAGUGUCCUCAUCAUCUUCAUCCUCGUCAACCAAUUAUCAAAGCGUUUGUACACUUGAUAAAGUGAAAUCUGCCCUCGAGAGGGCGGAAAAGGAACCAAACAAAAGACGAUCACCUCAUGGGAAAUCAUCAAUGUCACCGUCGUAUUCUUCUUCGUCGUCCUCAAUUAGGGAAGCUCAGGAGGAUCAGGAGAAGGAUGAGAAGUUACUGGCAUUACCCGUGGCAGUAGGGUGUCCCGGGUGCUUAUCUUAUGUGUUGAUAACGAAAAACAAUCCCAAGUGCCCGAGAUGCAAUUCCAUUGUUCCGUUGCCUGCAACCAAGAAGCCUCGCAUUGAUCUUAAUAUGUCCAUUUGAGAUUUUGGAGGGAAUUAACUAGAAAAAUAUAUGACGGUGAAGAUGAUGAUGCGUGUUGAUCUUGUAAAUGAUAGAUAAAGUUAGUCUUCGAGAAAAACAGAUGUUAGCGAAGGAUAAAAAUUUUUGUAAAUUGAAAAAUCCAUGUUUAAGUUCAAACAAAUUUUUAUAUCAUGUUUUAGGAGCAUAGAGACA